AUGGAAAACGGUGAACCCAGAAGAUCAACCCGGUUGAAUGAAAGAGCGGCUGUAAGAGACCGAGCUAGAGGUCGAGGGCGAGGAAGUGCUCGCGGUCGAGGCAGGGGAAACCAGCAUGUCCCUGCCGAGGCGGUGAUCCAGGAGAAUCAAAAUGCCCCUGUAAAUGGACAACAACCAGGUCAAGGUGGGGGCAACCACGAAGUCCCUGCUGGGGUAGUUGGUCAAGAACACCAAAACGCCCCUGUAGUGGUGCCACCACAACAAGAAGAUUUGGCGCAAGAAGUUGCUCGUCUCAGGGAAGAAAUUAGGAAGCGAGAUGAAGAGGCUCACAACCGUCAGGAACAAUCCAAUCAAGGACAACAUCGAUUUUUGCCGGUGCAAUACAUGCCUGUGCCGGAGGGUCGAUGGGAACCAAUAUAUGAAAGGUUCCGCAAGCAACACCCACCAAAUUUUGAAGGGGGCUCAGAUCCAAUGGAAGCUGAGGAAUGGUUAAGAACAGUGGAAGGUAUUGUUGAGUACAUGCGGCUCGGUAACGGAGAUAGUGUAGCUUGUGCUGCUAGUUUAUUGAAAAAGGAUGCCCGCAUCUGGUGGGAUGUUAUUAAACAAACACGGGAUGUGGCCGCAAUGACCUGGGCUGACUUUGUACAAGUUUUUAACAAAAAAUACUACAGUGAAGCAAUACGCUCAGCUAGAGUUAAUGAGUUCACGAACCUGAGGCAGGGUAAGUCUACAGUUACAGAGUAUGCUCGCCAAUUUGACAGAUUAGCAAAGUUUGCCACAGAUCUGGUUCCUACUGAGUUUUUGAGGAUUCAUCGUUUUACUGAAGGGCUCGACUCCCGAAUAAGUCGGGACAUAGCGAUGUCAGGAGUAAGGGCAACCACGUAUGCUGAGGUACUGGAAAAAGCCCUAGAAGCUGAGUUGUGUGAAAGUCGUAUACAGAAAGACAAUACAGCAAGGUGGGAGGCCAGAAAGGCCAGUAAUGGAGGUGGUGAUAACAAAAGAAAACUGCCAAGUAACCAACACAACGAAGCCGACAAGAGAAACAAGAUAGGGUCCAAUAACUACAAAGGGAAGAAGCCAUAUGUGGAGUACCCCCUAUGCCCAACAUGUGGUCGUAAGCAUCCUGGAGAAUGUCGACUGAAAGGCAAGACUUGUUACAAGUGUGGGCAACCAGGCCACUAUAAGAAGGACUGUCCACAAAAGGGUGAUCAACUCAAGGAUGACAAACUUGUCCCAGCUCGAGUAUUUGCACUAACCAGAGGGGAGGCUGAGACUAGUAACACUGUGGUUGCAGGUCAGAUUUCUAUCUCUGGAAAACUAUGUACUGUUUUAUUUGAUUCUGGAGCUACGCACUCAUUUAUUGCUUUAAAGAUGAUAGAUAAGUUAGAACUACCGUAUGUAAACUUUAGUUAUAAGUUCAUGACGGAGUUGCCCUCGGGCGAGGUUAUGAUAUCAUCUAGAGGAGUGCGGGAUGCGCCAAUAAGGAUUGCAGACAAGGAACUUAGUGGAGAUCUGAUAGAGCUGGAGAUGAGGGAUUACGAUCUUAUCUUGGGUAUGGAUUGGCUAUCACGACAUGGAGCAACAAUAGACUGCCGAAAGAGGACAGUGACUUUCACCCCUGAAUCUGGAGAGGCAUUCAUAUUUGAAGGAAUCAAAGUCAAGUCAAGCUUACCGCUAGUUACAGCCCUGAAGGCACAAAAGAUGAUACGUGCGGGAUGUCAAGCAUACUUGGCCAGCAUAGUAGACAAGUCAAGAGAAACCACCCUCAAGCCAGAGAAUGGCUACCCCCAGAUAGAGAGAUAG